AUCUCCGCAGCCUGCCCGGCCUCAUACAUUUGAACACAAAACUGGCGGCGCCAUGGUGCUCUCCUUUAUACUAAUUCAAAACCGGCAAGGCAAAACUCGCCUUGCCAAAUGGUACGCUCCUUACAGCGACGAAGAAAAGGUCAAGCUGAAGGGUGAGGUGCAUCGUCUGAUCGCACCGCGCGAUCAGAAGCACCAGUCCAACUUCGUCGAAUUUCGCAAUACAUCCAAGAUCGUCUACCGGAGGUAUGCCGGACUGUUCUUCUGCGCAUGCGUCGACACGAACGAUAACGAACUGGCCUAUCUGGAGGCAAUCCAUUUUUUCGUCGAGGUCUUGGAUGCCUUCUUUGGGAACGUGUGUGAGCUGGAUUUGGUAUUCAACUUCUUCAAGGUAUACGCCAUUCUGGACGAGGUGUUCCUAGCUGGAGAGAUCGAAGAGACGAGUAAGCAGGUUGUAUUGACAAGACUGGCGCAUCUGGACCAGCUGGAAUGAUAGGUGAUUCUGACGGUCAGUGGUCCAUGUCCGCGGCGAGGGCGUCAGGUCACGAAUGCCCGGCAUGACUGACCUAUCAUGUAUAAAGAUUACGACAUCUAGACAAAAGUGUCACCAAUGCCCACACAGUCGAGCAUAUCACCUAGAAGGAAUUGUAUGGCAGACGCAGGAGCCAUAUCGUAUGUCCAUACAAUCUCUAUCCCCAGCAUCUGUAAAG